GUGACCCCACGAAGGCCGGGAGGGAGUAUUGUCAGCUGACCGGAAGAGUAGAUUUAGUUAGUUUCUCUUCCCCUUUCCCCCCAUUCUCCUUGUAGGAGUUCGAAGGAGAAUCGUUUUGUCUCGUGGCCGUUAUGGAGCGAUACGAUAAAACGGCGCUGAACGCGCUCGCCCCGCCUGAGCCUCGAACUGAAGGUUCAUUAGCAGCCACUCUAAGGACACUACUCUUCUUCACAACAUUAAUGAUUUUGCUGCCCAUUGGACUUUAUUUCUCAUCUAAGGUGUAUGUAUUUGAAGGCACCCUGGGAAUGUCCAACAGAGACAGCUAUUUUUAUGCUGCUAUAGUUGCUGUGGUUGCUGUUCACUUUGUGCUUGCCCUUUUUGUCUACGUUGCAUGGAACGAAGGCUCACGGCAGUGGCGUGAAGGCAAGCAGGACUGAAGUCAGCAUGGCAUGCUGUCAUGUAAGAGAACACUUGGCAGGUGGAGUGCAGCCUUAAAGAGUACAUUGUAAAGAUGUGUAGAGGUUAAGGACUAAAUUUCAAGAAGUCUCACUUUUGUGAGUGGUACAAUAUUUGCUGCUUUGCCUAACAGUAGCUGUGAAUUCAUCAAAUGCAGGAGUUGCCUGUUGGCAAGAAGAGUCAUGGAGUAAGUCAGAAGGAAUGUUCGUUUUUGUUCCUACAAAUGGAUUUCAGUGGAUUUGUUUGGUUGUCUUUCCAUUAAGCUGCCGAGAACGACUUCUGGAUCCACAUCUGGACAAUUCAUAAAAUGAAACUGGUGGGCUGAUAAUUUCAGAUGUUUCCAGUAAUAGAUUCUGGAUUGCAAAUGGAUGAACGUGACAUAGAUUUCUUUCCUUUUUUGUUUUAGGUGUAGCAUGAACUACAAGAGCCUUGACUGACAUUACUCUUUCCAUUCCUUUCCUGAAAGGAAAGUGAUGACGUUGUGUGUUCUGUCCAUCAGUUUAAGAAUCCACAAAGUCAUAAAUCCCAUCUGUUUAUAAUAUGUUUCUGUGUGGCAGUUCUGAGCAUCAGAUAUCCUGCCAUCUAAAGGACAGAGCUUGUCAAAUGCAAUGGUUCCUGUUUGUUUCCAAGAAUGAUGGGGCACUUUAAAAUGUUUCUCCAUCUGACAUUUAGUCUCUCAAGACAUGGUUGAUUGUUUAAGAAUAACAUUGACUUUGAUGACGGUAUUCCAGAUCCACAAGUGUAUGUUGGAUGCUGAGACCAACAACAUGCUUUGAACAGAUGUGCUUGUUUUGUGUUGACACUCUUCACCUGCUCUUUUUAAUGUCAGCAUAGCAGUAAUAUUGUUUUCCAUUAUCACCUUGUUCAGCAGCUUGAAUGAAAAGUGGUCUGCUCCUCAGCAGCACAGCAGUGUUUCCUGUCUGUUUUGCAGGCCCAGACGUUAGUCUCUUGCUGCUUCUAAAUAAUAUUAGACACUCGUGCUUCUGCAGCUCUUGAAUUCAUGGAGAAAGUACAUCAGACAGUGGGUCCAAAAAAACAGGUAGAUACCAUUGGAUCCUGGAAUUGAGCAAACAGAGUGAUAGUGUUUACAGGUAUUUUCACUCUGCUGGCUCUUAGUGUAGUUGAUUGUGGCACUGGGAUGAAGGCCUCUUCUUCACUUCCCAUGAUGGGACUAGGGUGUUAUCCAGUAGGCCCUUCUGUUCCAAAGCCAUUGCUUAUUUCAUUGUGCAAAGCUCUCCUUCCAAGUCCAGUAGAAAUGGCCAAAGCUGCAGUGGCUGGUAGAAUUGUACCCUGUUUCUGUAGUCAUUGUGAGGUGUUAGGUAAGAACAGAUCUUUCAUUUAGGCUAAAUUAACUGGCAGCUUCCUGAAUACUAUUAAAGGCCAAUUUUUCUGUCACUUUCCUACAUUUGAUGCAAAUGGACUUGUAGUCAUUUCGAACUGCAAGCUUAUUCUGUAAGACUGUAAAGUGAACACCAUCUUUUAAAUCCAAUAUCAUAUGGUAUAAAGUAAUUGGGACCAAGUAAAUGCAGAUAUUGAACUCUUCAUUCUUGUGUAAUUAACUUGCGAAAUUUAAUGCCACGGGUUGUAGUGCUGGCCGUUGAUUUAAAUUCAUGGAUGAUAGGCCCAUCAAUGGGUUUUAGCCAUGGUUACUUCAUUGGACCUCCAUGUUCAGUGGCAGUAUACCUCUGCAGACCAGUGACUUGGGGCAACAGGGAAGCGUUGGCUUUCUAGGCGCUUCUGGUAGGCCACAGUUUUAGAAGGUGUACUGGACUAGAUAGACCAUUGGUAUGGUCCUUAUGCUCUUAUCUUUUGGUUUCUGUGUCAUUGCUUGUAAAUCAACAUGCUGUAAUGGAUGCAUUAUUCAUGCUAUUAUAAUAUCCAGUUGAGUUUCUCCUAUAUUAGUUAAGGGGUAAAUGGGUAUCAUAAGUUCUCUGUUAGUUAUAUAUUUGCAUUAAACACUAGACACCAAAAUUCAUUUCCUUCAAAGAAGAACUGCCUGCAAUGGAGACAUGAUGUAACAUUUAUAGCUAGCAUGGUGUCUUGAGACAAUGUUUUAAUCAUGUGACUGGUGUUUGCAGUGACUCUUUCCUUAUUGCUGCCAGAGCUCUUUUUUCCAGACCAGGAUUUCAGGUGCUAAGGAGAAUAUGUGGGCCAUCUCCUUCCCCCACCUCCAUCAUUGUAAACAAACCUUGUAUGUGAUAUUUUUAAUUAGAGUUGAGCAAUUGCUGGUGUCCAGAACCAUUUCAUUUAUAUUUUUACAUUAUUCAUUUAAAAUAUUUAAAUCUUAGCACACCUCUUUAACAUUCAAGGCGGCUUUAACAUACACUAAAGCAGCAUCACAAAAUGCAUUAAAAUCAAGACAAAUUUAAAACGUAAUUGUCAAGGUACACACCAUCGUUUCAAUCUCAAAACUGUAAAUCUGUAUCAGCAGUCAUAAAGUCAGAAGACAGCUGAAAAGGGUUAAACAAUGCAGAGGGAAGGCAAAGUCACAGUCAAAACGCACUAAAUCAAAUGACGAUAAACAAAAAGUUUUCACUUGGGGUGCCUGUAUACAGAGAAAAGAAAUGCAGAAAACCUCAAAGGCAGAGUUCUGUAAACAUGGUGCCACCACUGAGAAGGCUCCAGCUCAGUCUCUGUCCACCACAAAAGGUAAACAUUCACGGCUUCUGCAAGUAUUUUUAAAAUACAUUUUAUAUUUGAAUUUA